UCACGUGAUUGCAUCUGUUGACGAUUGUAUCUGGAUUUGCACAAAUAAUUCGGCCUUUCACUGUGUCUGGUGCAAUGUCAUCGCCUCCCUAACUGGCGUUUACUGAGUAAAAAUACACACAUUCACAGCCUAACGAACGCAACCUCGGGUGUUAAGUCGAAAGUAAACGGAGAGGACAUGUAAAGCCAUCGUUUUAAAAAGGAGGAAUUGUAUACGCUGACUAAGGAGAGAACCCAUGAAGUUCACAUAUCGAGCCUUUCUUUUAUAAGGUCCUGCUGUAGUUCUGGUCUGUAUCCAGUCUCCUCUCUAAAUGGCGAUAGCACGCCAGUUUGGAUUACUCUUGUGGAAGAACUACCUUCAGCAGAAGCGUCAGAUCCUGGUGACUCUAGUGGAGAUCGCCCUGCCCCUGCUCUUCUCGGGCAUCCUCAUCGUGCUGCGCGAGAACGUGCCUUUCAAGGACUACCCCAACGCCACGCUCUACCAGAGCUUCUCUGUGGAUGGUCUGCAGUACCCACUGGACAACUACCAUCAGUACCAGUUGGCCUACGUGCCGGGCAAUGCCAGUGUGGUGCGGCGGGUGGCGGAGGACGUGCAGCGCAGCCUGGCACCCGUCAUCAGUUCAGUGCAUGGGUUUGAGACAGAGGAGCAGUUUGAGGACUUUGUGAGGAAGGACCCUCAGUCUCGGAAGGUUCUGGCUGCUGUGGUGUUUGAGCACUCCUUCACUCACGAUGAUGAGCCACUGCCCCAACAGGUCAGCUACCACCUGCGGUUCAGCUUUAGUCCCCGUAAUGCCCCGGCCAAGGAGAAGUCUGAGCUAAACAUCAACAAUGACUUUGACUGGCACACCCUCAACUUGUUCCCCCUCUUCCAACUGCCCGGGCCCAGGGAGCAGUACGACCUCCAGGGGGGGACGCCUGGUUACUUCCGCGAGGGCUUCCUGGCAGUGCAGCAUGCGGUCAACAAGGCCAUCAUGCGUUCCUAUAACAGCACAGGAGCAGCCUGGCUCUUCUCCCAGACCCGGGUGGUCCUCCGCCGAUUCCCCUUCCCGCCAUUCAUCUACGACGUGUUCAUCCUGGCCAUCCAGAACCAGCUGCCCCUCCUCCUGGUGCUGAGCCUCACCUAUACCUCUCUGAACAUCGUGAGGGCCGUGGUGCAGGAGAAGGAGAGGAAGCUCAAGGAGUACAUGCGGAUGAUGGGCCUCAGUAACUGGCUGCACUGGACGGCCUGGUUCCUCAUGUUCUUCCUCUUCCUCGCCAUCUCCAUGUUCUUCGUCACGCUGCUCUUCUGCAUCAAGGUGAGCCCUAAUGGAGCUGUGUUGACCUAUAGUGACCCCACCCUGGUCUUUGUCUUCCUGCUUGUCUUUGCCGUGGCAACCAUCAACUUCAGCUUCAUGAUCAGUGCCUUCUUCUCAAGAGCCAAUGUGGCGGCGGCGGCGGGCGGCUUCAUCUACUUCCUGUCCUACCUGCCGUACGUGUUCCUAUGGCCUCGCUAUGACCUGCUUAGCCACGCCCAGAAGGUGUCUUCCUGCCUCAUCUCCAAUGUGGCCAUGGCCAUGGGAGCGCAGCUACUAGGCAUGUUUGAGGGCAAAGGCACGGGGAUCCAGUGGUGUAACCUGUUUGAGUCGGUGACGGUGGACGAUGACUUCUCCCUGGCCCAGGUGCUGGGGCUGCUGCUGCUGGAUGCCCUGCUCUAUGGCCUGGUGGCCUGGUACGUGGAGGCUGUGUUCCCAGGGGAGUACGGAGUCCCUCUGCCCUGCUACUUCUUCCUACUGCCGUCCUACUGGUGCAGCAGCCCCCGCAUGGCCAUGGUGAAGGAAGAGGAAGACGUGGAGAAGGCUCUGAAGGGAGAGUUCAUCGAGGAGGAGCCAGCCGGACUGGUCUCAGGAGUCAAGAUCAAACACCUGAACAAGGAGUUCAAAGUGGGUAACAAGACGCGGCAGGCUGUCAAGGAUCUGACAGUGAACAUGUUCGAGGGCCAGAUCACAGUUCUGCUGGGGCACAAUGGAGCCGGGAAGACCACCACACUGUCCAUGCUGACAGGUCUGUUUCCUCCCAGCAGUGGCAGGGCCUACAUUAACGGCUAUGACAUCUGUCAGGACAUGGCUCUGAUUCGCCACAGCCUGGGCCUGUGUCCGCAGCACGACGUGCUCUUUGACAACCUCACUGUCCAGGAGCACCUGCUAUUCUACACACAGCUGAAGGGGUAUUCCCAGGAGAAGAUUCCAGCUGAGGUGGACCGGAUCAUCAGGAUUCUGAACCUGGAGGACAAGCGACAUUCCCACUCCAAGACCCUGUCAGGUGGGAUGAAGAGGAAACUAUCCAUUGGCAUCGGCCUCAUCGGAGACUCCAAGGUGGUGAUGUUGGAUGAGCCCACGUCGGGCAUGGACCCAUCGGCGAGGCGGGCCACCUGGGACCUGCUCCAGGGCGAGAAGCGCGGGCGCACCAUCCUGCUGACUACGCACUUCAUGGACGAGGCCGACCUGCUGGGGGACCGUAUAGUCAUCAUGGCUGGGGGAGAGCUGCAGUGCUGCGGCUCUCCACUGUUUCUCAAGAACAAAUACGGUGCUGGCUACCACAUGGUGAUUGUGAAGGAUGCGCUGUGCAACGUGUCUGAGAUCACACGGCUGGUCCACAUGUACGUUCCCAAUGCCACGCUGGAGAGCAGUGCUGGGGCUGAGCUCUCAUACAUUCUGCCCAAAGAGAGCACCAACCGGUUUGAGCUGCUGUUUGCAGAGCUGGAGAUGAACAGAGAAGAGCUGGGCAUCGCCAGCUAUGGAGCCUCUGUCACCACCAUGGAGGAGGUCUUCCUCAGGUAUGGGAUCACACACUCACCACAGCUCCCAGGGAGAGUACCAGCUAGGUCUGGACCUCUCACCACAGCUCCCAGGGAGAGUACCAGCUAGGUCUGGACCUCUCAC